AACCCGUCCUUUUCAACCCCACAAUCAAACUGCUAUAAAACGGAGAUUGGAAAAAAAGGGAUCAAAAUAAGACCACCACUAAAAAUUAAAUCUAAUCCCCAAAAAAGGAAAAAAAGCCCUAAUUUUUUAUCUCUUUAAUUCGAUUGCACCUGAUUUUGUGUCGUCUAUGUCCGGUACGGAGAACACGGAUCCGGUCACGACGCCCGACCCGAGCUGGGCGCUGGGCCCCGCCGCUGACGCCGCCGCCGGCCAUGGCUACUUCCUACGAAGCGAUUACGCGGAGAGUAGCAUUCUCGGCGAGUUCGGCUGGGAGGAGUCGAGCGCCGCCGCCGGUUUCCUAGAUGCGAACCUGGUCCCGUCGGAUUUUCAGGGAACCCGCGCCGGAGACUGCUUUCCGGCUGGUUGGCUGGAUCGUAGCAGCGAGGAUGUCGGCGGUGGUAGUUUCGAGCCGGUGGCGGCUCCGGCCCAAUCGAGGUCGUCCGGCUAUCCGGUGGAGAAACAUACGGCGUCGGGUGCCGCCUCCGCCGCCCGGCCUCCGCCGCAGGACUCAGAGAGCAAGAACAGAAAGAAGGGGCAAAAGCGAACUCGACAGCAAUCCUUUGCUUUCGCGACUAAAAGCGAGACUGAUAACCUUGACGAUGGUUAUCGGUGGCGAAAAUAUGGCCAAAAGGCGGUAAAAAAUAGUCCCUUCCCAAGGAGUUAUUACCGGUGCACGAACACAAAAUGCACGGUGAAAAAGAGGAUCGAACGAUCAUCGAGCGACCCCUCAGUGGUAAUCACAACGUACGAAGGACAACAUUGUCACUACUCGGCCGGAUAUCCCAGAAUAGGCGGCUUCAUAGCUUACAACAUAACCACUAACAACCUUAAUUUACAUAAUCCGCCAAACGAACCCCAAGAAAACUCUCCACGGAUUAUGACAAGAUUGCAGCCGCCACAUGACACACAAGACAAAGACAAAGUAGAAGAGGCAAGCUCACAAUCUGAUGAUGGCCUUGCUGGAGAAGGGUUACUCGGGGAUAUCGUGUCUCCCGGGAUGAGAAAACCAUAACUUUUUAACAUGAAACCAAAUAAUAUAAUAUGAUCCAUCAGUUGUUAUUAGCAAACACUUUUCAUUUCUUACUGCGCUCCAAACUAAUCCUAUAAUUAAUCAGUUG